AAGUAAAUAUUAUUAAACAAUUUCAGAGCUAAUAUCACAAUUAGAAUUUACAAUUUACAUCAUUGCACCAUUUCUCUCAGAAAAAGAUUUAAAAAAGUAAUUCACAUAUAAAUAGAGAAAAGAAAAAAAAGUGACAAUUUAUGACGUGACUGAUAAUUUUAUGGUUUAUAAAUAUCAUAAACACACAAAUGCACUGUGUGUAGAAAAGUUUGAUUAUUUAAUGCCUUUUCUAAUAAUAAUUGUUUUUUAAACUAAGCGCUUUUAAGUACAUGGAAAAAAGCAGAAGCAAAAAGGUCAGUGACUUGUGAAUGGUCAUGCGCAUGGCGUUGAAUAAUGAGAGUCUAACCUAGUCUGUCAGAUAAUUAAACUGUAAGUUUAUAUUUCUUGUAUUUAUUAUGUCCAAUGUGUUUUCAUUAUUUAUCUGCAACAACCAAGUCAAUAAAAGUUUCCUUUUUGAACUACUUUUUUGCUUGUUUAUUGCCUCAAGAAAUAGUUUAGAAUUUAAAUGACUUCUUCCACUUAUUAUGGGAAAAGAAACAAUUUACUUCAGUGCACGUUGCAAUUUAGAUAAUUAGUUGGUUAAAAAUGAAUGAAAAGGAGAAACUAGAAGAUGAACUUAGAGUAGCUGCUUCUUUCGGAAAUUUAAAACGAGUAGAGGAACUUAUAAACCUUGGAGUUGAUGUUAAUUCUCGUCAUCCAAGAAAUGGACGAACUGCAUUGAUCUUUGCCUGUCAAAUGAAUCGACAAGAUGUAAUUGUAAAACUUUUGGAAAACGGAGCAGAUCCGUAUAUAACGUCCGAAAUUGGGGAGACUCCCAAAUCAGUAUGUACGAAUCAGCAUAUUUUACAAAUUUUAUCUUAUGCUCUGUCUGGAGAAUUUUUAAAAAUGUCAAAUUCCACAACUGUGAGAACGCAAAGUAAUGAUGAUUACACAAAAAGUUGUGCUUCUCCCAAAGAAGCAAAUUCUUCAGAAGGAAAUAUUCAUCAUUCCACUGAAUUAGUAUUGAAAGUGCGACUUGCAAAUAUACAAGACGCAGAUUUCAUAGAAAUUGAUCUACCGAAAACGUGUUUAACAUUCCAAGCCUUACUCGAUGUGUGCUGCCAAGAACUAAACAUUGAUGAAAGUAGGGUAGUGAAAUUGAGAAAACUUCCAAAUACAAAAAUUAGAAGAGAUAAAGAUGUUGAGAGAUUAGAAAAUUUUCAAGAAAUUGAAGUAGUCACCGACCUUACGCUUAACGUCGCUCAUUCUCAAAGUUCAAAUGGAGCUGCGAUGCCUUUAACACCAUCGAAUAAUUAUCAAAGUAUAUCAAAAAAAGACCAGACGAUUUUGUACUGAAAGACUCAAACCAAUCAAGUUUUCCUCUUGAUGAUGAUCAUACG